AUGCCUAUGUUUGACCUCAAAGUCUACGUACGGGUCGUUGCCGCUGUGUUUUCUAUUUCAGCAGCCACGGCAUUUGUGAUUUCUCUACUCCGCUUGUUGAAACCAGAACUGUUCUACCUAAAUAUACUACAAGGCAGUGACUUGGUGAUCCACUACUUCAUAUCAGCGCUGAUGAUACUCACUAGCGCAAUAGGCUUUCUGAACAGUUGUGUAGUGAUGAAUCGAAGUGCGACCCACAACACAGGCCGGAAUAUCACUACCUGGCUGCUGCUGGACUCGCUGUUUGAGACCACCAGAGUCGUGUAUGUCUUCAUCUGUGAGAUCGUGCUGAAGGGGCAGGGACCUAUUCAGCUGUACGAGUUAUUGAUUAGCGCCGCGCAGUAUUUGCUGGACAGCUUUCUAUACUGUCAGAUGAUUCUCAGACACUAG